CUGUUCACUCGCCGUUGGACCGUGGUUGCCCGACUCGACCACUUGCUCCACGAUUCUACUCAAGCGGUCCCUCCCAACAUCACACAGCCUACAAACCCCCUCCCCUUUAACGGAUGGUACGCCGAUCCCGAGAUCCGCGAGUACGAUUCUGUUUUCUGGAUCUUCCCCACCACCUCUAUAGUUUUCGAAGAUCAGAAGUGGUUCGAUGCCUUCUCCUCGCCGGACCUGAUCAAUUGGACCAAGCACCCCAACGUUUUGACGACCGCGGCCAUCAGCUGGGCUCAAGAUAGCCUAUGGGCGCCGGCUUCCAUCCGCGGCAGAGAUGGAAGGUACUACUUCUAUUUCAGCGCCAACGGCCUUCGAAGUCAAGAUGCCACUGCCGGUCUAGGAGUUGCGGUCGCCGAUGUCCCCGGGGGGCCUUACACGGACGCACUGGGCCGCCGUCUUGUAGACAGCAUCAUCAACGGGGCGAAUCCGAUGGAUCCGGAUGUGUUUGUCGAUGACGAUGGCGUGAUCUACUUUUACUUCGGCGGCAGUGCCGUAAAUGUCGCACUUCUAAACGAGGAUAUGAUCAGCUUCCGGCCGUUUCCAGAUUCCAAUUCGACUUUCAAGGACAUCACCCCAUCCACUACCUUCGUAGAGGGCACCAAGAUCUUCAAGCGCAACAACAUCUACUACAUGACGUGGUCCGAAAACGGUUACGGCGAUCCCACGUAUCAGGUUGCAUAUGGUACAUCUACUUCACCCCUCGGACCGUUUACGCCGCGAGGUGUUAUCCUGUCGCAGAACCCGAAUGUCGCGGUUGCAACUGGUCACAAUGGCAUUCUGAAUCUACCGGGGACAGACGAGUGGUAUAUUGUCUAUCACCGUCGGCCACUGAACGAGACAGAUCCGAAUCAUAGGCAACCCAAGGCCCCAGACUACCAGAUCUUCAGAGAAGACUAA